AAAGUUGUCACAAAUCUACCGACCUGUCAAUAUUAGUUUGAGUUUUUUCUGCGACGUACAACUGAGAAAUCAGAACAAGAAAAAUGGCAGCACACAGUGGAGGCGUAGAUUGGGCCUCUGUAAUUAAACCAUUAUUAAAUUCAGGCUCGCUAUCGAAAAACGAUUUAAAUAAUUUAACAAAAACUAUCUUAAAAUGUGAAAACGAAAUAUUGGAACAUGAUAGCAGCUUCGAUGUAUUUUAUAUGUCGUUUGCUGCCCUUGCUGCAAACAACAUUAGUGGACAGUGCAAUGCAUUGUGCCAAAAUCAAAUUUUGCAGAUAACCGAAGCGUGUGGCGUUCUGAUUCGUUACAUUUUGAACAAAUUCGAAAAAUCAUCCAAUUCUGAUACAAAACUUCUGUUGCACGCACUUAAAAGUUUGUGCGAAGGCAAAAGUCAAGACCAAGAUUUCGACCAAAUCAUAUUUUCAUCAAUUUUGCGAAAUGCAAAGUAUCCCGAACACAAGUCGAAUGUCACAGGAUCGAGCGAAAAGGACAGUCCGAAAUCGGAAAUGAAGCGUUCGCGGUCGGACUUGUUGACCGUCAUCUUACAGCAAUUGUCAACGUCAAUUGGAAACACAAACGCGGCCAGCUGGAACCCAUUGAGUGAAGAAGUAGCCGACUGCACGCAAGUUUUCACGCGCACAAAUAUCGCAUUUAUGCAAGCAAAUAAUGCCGGUGACAUAAUUUUGAAAGUUUGCUCUUCGCUGCCGGUUCUAUCGCGUUACUAUGCACGCUAUGAAGACAGUGCAAUACAUGGUAAACCACUGCAUUUGCCAGUAACUCACACCGAUGCGAUGGCUAUUAAAAGUGUAUUGCCACAGAUUUCAUCGGACAUUUCACUGUUAUCAUUGGCCAUAUCAUUGCCGAUACUGGAACCGUUGACCCCAAACAAAAUAAAACAGUUAUCCAAAUGCGCUAUGGCCGCCCUCUACUGUGCGGUUCAGACAUCCAUUUCUAGCAGUGUUUUAACCAUGACAGGGACCGGUUCUCAGAAGUCGCAACAGCAACCAACCUCUGAAAAUAAAGUCUCUUCGACAACGGGUAUGCCAUCCAGUGCAUCAUCAAAAGAAAACGAAGAAAUUUUGUCAAGUGAAGAUCACGCUCGCAAUAUUGUUGAUAAAGCAUUGGAAAUUUUUACCGCCGUCGAAACCAUAUUCAAUACGACGCGAUAUCACGUGUAUUUGAAUCAUUUGUGCAUGGGUUCAUGGCUUCUGAUCAAUGGAAUGCAAGGAGCAAUGGGUGCUUCUGGAAGCAGCAAUACAAAAAUAUUGAUCGCUUCAGCACUAGCACAAGAUGAACCAAGUAAAACUAAAACACCAACAGCGUCAGUGACUGGAGCGACCAGUCGAACAAGUGAUGUACAAGUGUCGUCGGGACGCGUAAACUUAUCAAAAGUACAGCAAGGCUUUGGUGUCUUAAACGCUGCCAUCGCGUCACAUUGCCUAACACUUUUGAAUGAAUUAAUUGAAGAUCUCAAACUUGAAUCACGAGCUGGUGAUGAUGAUCCAAAUGCUGAUAAAAUUGAACCAUGUGGUUUCGAUAUUCUUGGCCAAUAUACGACAUUGCAGAGAAUUGCUCGUGUUUUGAAUUGCGCUACAAUGCAGCAAUUGCUCACAUUCUUGGCCACAGUAUCAUAUCGUAAAGCCUGUUCAUUGAAACGAAUUAAUAUCAAGAGUGAAGGUGAUGCAGUCAGUUUCAGCGAUUCAACAACGUAUUUCAAUGAUUCUAUGUCGUGUUCCGAGUAUUCCGAUACGGAGGAAGAAGAGGAGGAUAGUGAAAGCUACUUGGGAACAUGGUUUAAGGAAACAUUGUCACCAGAAGGAAAAGAUGAAGCAACCGAAAAUACAGACAACAAAUCAUCCGAAAAUCAACGGAACAGUACAUCAAUGGUACCUGCUAAAGAUGAGCCCCAUGAAUAUUUGGAGUUAUCGGCACAAAUAUUCUCUUUUUUGGACACAACUCUCGGUAGUAAUCACAAAUAUUUAAACAAAUACGUGAAGAGCGGCCUAAGUGAACAGCAAAUGGCUUUGCUUGCCAACAUUCUGAAAGAUCUCGAUCGGGAUGCGUCUCGCGGCGAGGCCGAAAAUGCGUACAGCACACAAUGGCAAAAUGCAAUGAUUGAAUUUUCGGGUGCCAUUGGUCGCUAUCUACAUAAUCUGAUUUCUGGAUCACUGAUCAAUGAAUCAUUGCAAUCAUCACUUUUAUUACAUUUGGGCGUUUCACCGUGGACCCAAGAGACAGUGUGGCCAUUGCAGGUGUAUCCUCGGACACUAUCAGUUUUAGUUCAAAUUCUACUCUUGAAACCGUCACAGGAAAAGGAAGCCGCUUGUUUGUCAGUGUGGCAUCGAUUAGUGAAUACCCUUGUCGACGGCGUUUGUUCAUCACAAACCCUUCAAAUUGAUAGCGGCACUGAUUACGAAGAUCUCAACGUAGAACAUGCCCAACUGUUACUUUUCUUAUUUCAUUCGUUGAAUUUGAUGCAAAAAAAAUCUAUUUUAUUGUUAACCGCUGGUGGGGUUAUUCGAUGCGCUGAAGUUUGCCGAACAAUGACCACGGAGAAACCAUUGCGAGAUCAUCAAAUCAUUUUGCUGUCGCGCUUACUUCUUUUCUUGGAGUAUUUGAUGAAACAUCUGUACAAUGCACCAACACCCCUUCUGGAACAAGUUCGAUGGAAUUUAUUUAGCACCAUCGCAAAUGAGACCACCCAUCAGAAACCAUCCGAAAAUAUUGGCUCAAAAUCGAAAUUGAUAUCAUUUUGCCGUAAAGAUAUCGAAGAUAAAUAUCGAAAGUAUUCACACGAGUAUGUAUCAGGGGGCGUUCGACCCAAGUUUUAUUCGUUGUCGGUGAUUGAUUCAAAGUUGCAAGAAUUCAAAUUAGAUGGAUUGGCAUGGAAUUUCAUUUUGUGCACACCAGAUAAACUAAAAUAUCCAUUGCUCAUCGAUGCACUGAUUGAUAUCCUGGCGAUCACCGAUAUUUGUACGACUAAAAUAAACUACACAACUAUUUGUUCGGUUCAGUAUUGCUUCAGUCUCUGUUGGAAAUUGUUGUUGGGUUUACCACCGAGUACACCUCACGUGGAGGCGCUAAUGCAGGAGAAAGUUCCAAACUUGCAUUCGCUUAUGUGGUCAGUUCGUUGUUUGCAUCCCAUCAACAACUCACACGCUCUAAUUGUCAACAGUUUGAUAAAGCAAGGCAUGUACACACAAUCCGCUGAACAGUUAUGGAAGAAAAUUACCGAGCACAUAUCCGACACGAAAUAUAGUAUAAAACAAACGACAUCUGGUCUGGAUUCCUUCAUCAAAACGUUCCAGAUCGCCAAUCCACGUCUUUCGAAAAUAAUUACAUUAGAUGCGAUUGUCUCGCAUUUGGUCGCGAUUUAUUCGACCAAUGAAAACGGAGGCAGGCUUGGAAGCGAUCACGGCUCAAAGUCAGGUAGCAAUACGUCAAGCGGAGCAAAUUCAUCGGACUCGGGUAGCAUUGCAGAAAUUUCAAUGUCAUCUACAUCUGGAUCAGAUGUGUCCGUUAUAAUUCUCAGUGGCACUGAAUCGAAAUCAAUUGAAAAGGUUACACCUAUUGAUGAGGAUGCCCCAUCCAAGGACCUCAUCGUUAAGCUGCUCGACGCUCUGGAAAUCGUUAAAGAAUGCAUUUUCAAAACAAUGUCUGGAAGUUUGAACGGUACAAUUCAACCGCACAUACUUGAAUCGUUGAUUGCGUUGUCGGGGUCAAAGCAUCCAUACUGGAAGGAACUAGCACCGAAAUUCACAUCGAUGUUUACCGGUCAAGAUAAAGACGUUAUUUUAGUGGAGUGGAAGAAGAAUUUACCAAUUUUGAGUGAAGAAAAUAUUUCAUCGAGUGCUUUCCCCGUAGAACUUCACACAUUGACAGUGAUUGAAGCACAUUUAGGUGAACUCUCAAAACAUGCAGCAUACUCGAUUUUGUUGUCGAUCAAACAUACAGCUAAAUCGAUUUGCAAUUUGAUCCAAAAACUGGUGUCCGUUUACAAAUACGAUAAUGCAAUUGAGGAGCGCAUACAAAAUGUUCUAGUUCCCAUGCUUUUUGAUGUACGAACGGAAUAUUUGUAUGAUGUGUCGAAGCAAUGUUUGCAAACAAUGAUUAACGGUGGUGGUGCCAGCAGUUCAUGCGAUACGGACAUCUUCAAAAUGCUUGCUUCACCAAUGAUUCACAUCUUGAAAGUAAGUUAUCGAUUGCUGAUUGACAGCACAGAGCUUGCUGCUCAAGCAAACCCUACUGGAAACCCAUUAGAUGAAUCGAUUUUACAACAAAUUUUGUGCUUCUGGGAAACAAUGCUCACCAACGAACCGAUGGGUGUAAACGCAAUGCAUAACUUUUUCCAUGAGACAAAACAAGGAUCUUUAGUGCACGUCCUUCUUUCGUUUACAAAUACAACCUUUUCACAAGCGUAUGCAACAAAGGUCUUGCAGUUUUUCGAGAAUCUCUUCAAAGCGGCUGAGAAGCCGGAAUCAGCAUUCAAAAUUGAAGAACUUUGCGUGUGCAUAUCUGAAUUGGCUACGGUUGAAAAUGGUAGGCUGAAAAAUUGGCUAAGUCACAUUUUACUUGGUCCUAGCUCCGGUUCGGGACUCUUCAGUGUUUCAAGUGUUUCGAGCAAUGUCGCAACGCCAACAAAUAUGGCCACCACUUCAGCGGCAAUCCCAAGUAUUUCCGAUCAAAUUUUACCAAUCGAUAACGAUGCCAUGGAUAUCGACUAUGAAUGUACGAACGCACCAGUUCUACUGGAUUACGUAGUUUCAGAACCAACAAAAACCGAUGAUUUUGCCGAGAAAAAUGGUCGAUUGCUUCAAACACUAACUAAAUACAUUGUAUCAGAGAGUCGAAUUGCGCCAAAUGUUUCGGCAGCACUUUUCCAAGCUCUGAUUCAAUUGGGUCAGAAUCUAUUGUGCCCAGCACAAGAGGCACCAGAUUUCACCGAUUUGUUACAAGUGAUGAUUACGUUGGCGGACACAUCGCAGGGUAAAGGGCAUUCAAUGCUAUUCAACAGCUCGGUCGACUGGUUGGACAUUUCAAAGUCACACAUUUUAGAGAAACUGAACUCGGACACAAAGCAAGCACAAAACAAAACUGUAAAUGCUUUUGAGAAUGUCAGUGCUUUACUCAAAUAUAUGGUCGAUUUACUAGAAGGACUCGGCUACAGUGGUAAUCGAGCCAUUGCAACUUUGUGGGAAGACGAAACACAAGCUGAAUUUGAUGAUUACUUAGAUGAUCUAGUGAAUGAAGAUGACGAUAGUGCCGUUGAAGAUUCAGACGAAGACAGCCUGAGCAAUAAACUUUGCACAUAUUCCAUCAGUCAGAAAGAUUUUAUCAAUCAGCAUUGGUAUCAUUGCCACACAUGUAAAAUGGUAGAGAAAGCUGGCGUAUGCAGCGUAUGUGCAAGAGUAUGUCACAAAAAUCAUGACAUUAGCUACGCGAAAUACGGAAACUUUUUCUGUGAUUGUGGUGCUAAAGAGGAUGGUUCAUGUCAAGCACUGAACAAACGAUCAACCUACCAAGAUUCAUCCUUAGUAAUGGGAAUGGGCAGUAGUAAUAUGGCCAAUGAAAAUGACUUCACCUCAACAAUUCGAAGACGCACCGUAACGCCACCAUCUCGUACACACUCGUUGCGCGAUUCCAAUCGUGACUCAGAUAAAGCGACAAAAUUAACCGAAAUGAUUGAAUCAUCACGUGAUAUGUUGAAAACAAGUGACAAGUGGAGAGUUGUUGUAAAGUGUCUCUUGGAUUUCUUCGAGUAUCUGAUGCCGGCGAUUCAAGAAAACUGUGCGAAAUAUUCAACCGUUGGCUGUCAGCUUCGAGCAAAGAAUGCAAUCGAACGACUUCACCAGCCGAACAAAUCAUUUUCCAUCAGUGAUUCUCUUAUGAACGCAACGUUGGGGAGCCAAGAAGGAGCAUUUGAAAAUGUUCGCAUGAAUUAUUCUGGUGAACAAGGGCAGACAAUCCGUCAAUUACUAUCGACAAAUCUCGUUCGACGAGUUGCGCUUUGCUGCUUAUCUUCACCGCAUGGAAAACGUCAGCAUUUGGCUGUAUCUCAUGAGAAGGGUAAAGUAACGAUUCUCCAAUUGUCGGCCUUACUGAAACAAGCUGAUGCAGCAAAACGUAAACUGACUCUAUCUCGUUUGUCGUCGGCACCGAUUCCAUGUAUUGUCCUAUCACUCGCAUCAAAUCCAGCAAACGAAGAUUACUUAGCCGUUUGCGGUUUGAAAGAGUGCCACGUUUUGACAUUCUCUAAUUCGGGAGCAGUUAAUGAUCACAUCGUUUUGACUCCGCAGCUGGAGACAGCAAAUUUCAUUAAGCGUGCGAUGUGGCUACCUGGGUCUCAAACCAAAUUGGCUAUUGUUACGGCGGAUUUUGUGAAAAUAUACGAAUUAGCAGAAGAUACAAUUAGUCCACAGUACUACUUUGUCGUCCCCAGCGGAAAGAUUCGUGAUUGCACAUUCAUUUGUCAACAAGACUCUUACUACAUGAUUCUGUUCGCAUCAUCCGGAUACAUUUAUAUACAACCAUUGGCCGAUGAAAGUUUGGCCAAACAUGGAGCCUUCUACAUUACCAACACCUUAGAAUUGGAUCAUCCAUUGAUUAAAGAUUCAAAUGGUUUAGUUGGAGGUGGUGGGGUUUCAAUUUAUUAUUCACACGUUUUGCAGCUGUUAUUCUUCAGCUAUUCACAAGGAAAGUCUUUUAUGGCACCAAUCACCGACAUAAAUGAAGGUGUGAAAUGUGUUAUUCAACUUCAAACUGGACCAAACAGUAAGAAUUCAUCAAAGAUUCCACCACAACCGUUAUGUCAGUGGACCGAAAUUCCGGGCCAUCCAGGUCUAAUCUGUGCUAUGAUGCAAACAUCAAACAAUCCAGUCAUUUUUAUGCUGCGACCCGAUAGCAUUGUUAUGCAAGAAAUUAAGGCACAAAAUUCAAAGUCAAAAAUUAUGGAUAUGGUAGCCAUUCGUCACGCUUCAUCGGGUGUUGAAAAAACUACAUUGCUCUUGCUGUGUGAAGAUGGAAGUCUACGCAUAUAUUCAGCGAAUGCUGAAAAUACAAAUUAUUGGCUUCAAUCCGAAGUUCAACCCGUCGGAAAUCAAUUAUAUUCACCACUCAUCUCAAAGCCCUCGAAGAAAAAUAAAAAAUCUGCUUCGAAAAUAUCACAAAACUUAAGUGGCAAACCAUCAUCGGGCACGUCGAACUCACCGCCAACAUUUCCGGUUGAUUUCUUCGAGCACUGCAACUGUUUGAGCGAUAUUGAGUUUGGUGGCAAUGAUUUGCUUCAAAUAUACAACACGGCCCAGCUGAAACAUCGCUUAAACGCCCAGGGCCUGUUUGUCACUUCGACACGUGUCAAUGGCUUUACAUUGGAAAUAACAAAUAAUGAUCAGAAUAUGGUUAUUGUGGGUAUCCGUGUUUCAAUCGGUGGUCAAGAUCCACUUCGAACACCACAGAGUGUAACUAUUCUUGGCCGAACAAUCAAUACAGUUACAACGAAAGCAAGAUGGUUCGAUAUUCCAAUGACACGUGAAGAAAGUUUGCAAAGUGAUAAAAAACUAAAUGUUCAGUUUGGUCCGUCAGCUGAUGGUGAUAACAUCUGCAUGUUGGAUAGUAUAAAAGUAUAUGGUAAAACAAAGGACGUCUUUGGAUGGCCAGAGGAAUCUGAUGACAAUGCGACAACAGUAGCCAAUCCAAUGUCAAACGUUGUCCCGAACACGAAUAACAGCGAUGUACUGGCCAAUCAAAUCACUCCUUUGGACAAAAUGAUGACUUCAAUGUUAGAAGUACUUGAUUGCGGACUGUCGUUGCUCGGUUCGUCCUUGGAAGAGAAUAUUCGCCAGAAGUCGAUGAAUGUUGCCACAAAACUUCUACUGCAUCCACUACCAAACACGGUUCAAACUCAAGCGAAAGGCGUUUUGGCUAAUCUAUUCGCCAACAAAUUAGCCUACAACGCCUACAAAGACAAAGAGAUUCUUAGUGAAGUGAACUCAGAGUUGGAGAAAUUGAAAAAAGUUCGUGACGUUCGUAACAUAGAUCCUGAAUCAUUCUAUCGUUUAGUACUGCUGACAAGAAAUAUAGCUGUUGCACGACCGCAAUCAUUGGCAAAGAUUGCCAAUGAAAAUCAAUUUCCGAUAGUUUCAUCAUUUAUGCAAUUACUGCAUGAGCUCCAUGCAAUAACACCCACAUAUGGGGCGCAAUGUUCAAUUGUUCGCGUAGGUUUAUCGCAUACUGAAUCAAUUGUUCAUGCUUUGGUCGAAAUUAUAUAUGCUUUUGCAUUAUCAGACCCUAGCCUUAUCGAACCAAUGACCAUUUACUUAGUUAAGCUUCUUGUAAAUCCGGUUACAAUAAUCAGCUACAGCGUGAAACAGGCGAUGAUCAGACUGCUGCGAAUUCGAAUCAAGCGCAGAAAGAUGGUAUCAUCAACUCCGCCAAUUUGUUCAACACCAACACCAUCAACCUCACAGCAAGCUAUUGCAUCUAACUUCCCGACAACAUCGUCCAACGAGAAUGCUCCAAUUGCUCCAAGUCGCCCGUAUAAUCCCCAAGUUGCUGCUGCUGCUGCAGCAUUGAAUGAAGAAUUUGCAGGCAUGCAAGAGGUUGAUGUUAUUGAGCCACUUGGUCUAGAAACAGCUGCCGGAAAUGCUCAAGUUCUUGCAUCUGUUGAAGCGUUGCUGGGUGGACUAAGAGGUUUCCCACAAAUAGUCGAGAUGCAGCAAGAUGGUGACGAAGAAGCAAUCAUGGACAUUGCAAUUGCAUUGAGUUUGCAAGAACAAGAUGGUCACCUGGAAACACUUCAACAAGGAUUGGCUAACAUUCAAGGAGCUGGUAAUCGAGCACUGCAAAGCCUACAUGCUCUUAAUGUGUCGGCCGGUGAAGCUAGCUUCAAUAAUGAGCCAGCCGCAUCAGUAGGCUCGGAUGAUGAAUCUGCAUCGAACGCCACCGAUGCAGCAACCGAUGGAUCUACAUUAAGAACACCUGCUGAGCCAGCUGGUAGCUCUGAAAGUGGUGGCAGUGGCAUCGAGAGCAUCGGUGGAGCUAGUGGAAGGAGCAGCACGUGUGAUCAGAUGCAUUCAUCACCGCCACGCAGCACGGAAAUGAUUCAGCCCGAGCCAUCCACAUCGAAUGCGAAUGUCCAAGAGGAGAUUCGCGAAGAGGAUUCCGAAGAUAACAACGAAGCUGAGAUUAUUCAUAAGCUACACGUUUUAAGAGUCUCAAUUCUACAACGUAUGGUGGACAACAUACCAAUUUUGGAUGGUGCAAAUGGUGAACAAUCCAUUCCAUUUAUGCAAGUUAUUUUGAUGUUGACAUCUGAUUUAGAUGGCGAACAAGAAAGCGACCAAACCGUAAUGCAAAAGCUUUUGACGGCACUCAUUGAUCGUCUAGAAAUUUCACAGAGCUCUCAACCACCGGAUUUGACAACACGAUCAGCGAAAACCGAAGUUAAACUGGUCAUUCUUCGAUUGCUCUGCGUCCUGAUGGGAAAAGUAAAAUCGUCUUCGAAGAUGUCAAUUUCGGCAUUGAUCCCGAGUUCGCAGAAAGAUAAUGCAACAUUCGUGGCAUCGACAACAGCCAAUGCACUCUUGGAAAGCGGCUGCAUUCAGUUCUGUUUGAUUAUGCUAAAAUCAUUCUUGCCAUAUUGGAAGAAUGCGUCAGUUAAUGAAGACAAUGGUAUUAGUGUAUUGUCUCCAACCGGUUUGGUGGCGUCACAGCAAACAAGCGCUGUGACAGGUGCAAUUUCGAAUCUACUGAAACCACGUCAAUAUGGGCCAGAGCCUGACAUGGCUCCAUUCUUUUCACCGCUAUGCUUGAAAGGAUGUGCUGAUGUAUUUGAAUUGUAUCCAACAGUUUUGACAGAGAUGUCAGUGCGAUUGCCAUAUCAAAUUUUAAAACUAUCAACGAACCACGCACCAUCUUACGAAUGGUACUCAAGCGUAUGCGAGUACUUAACAUACACCUUGUGCGAGUACAUGAUGAUUGUGCAAUCAGCUAUUCUACGUCGAUUGGUACGCAAACUUCUACUCUACAUCUGUGGCAGCAAAGAAAAAUAUCGUCAAAUUCGAGAUAUCCAUUCCUUGGAUUCACACAUCAAAAUCAUUCAGAAAUCGAGCGAAACUGCAUCCACCCAAUUAAACAAUGUUCAGAACGCCAAUCCGGUUUUCACAUACGAUUCAUUGGUAGAAUUAACUGAACAUUUGCGGGCAUGCCACGAAGUUGCCACACUUCGAACUGGAAAUUGGCAGCGUUUCUGUUUGUCACACGUUUACGUUUUACCAUCUCUACUGCGAACUUGUCUACUACUGGAUGAAGGCGUAUCGCCAAUCAUCUUGCAAUUGCUUCAAUCAGCUGUUUGCAAUACUUCGACUUUCAAUGAGAAUAAACCGGAGACCAAGCAAGUGAUGAUGAAAGUAGUUCGACAAGAUCGGGAGCGAUCUGAGGAGAGUGAGUGUUCAGCCGAUUCGAAAUUCGAUCCAAGUCAAUGUGCGAUCUUGGUUACACAGAUCUUUAGCCAAACUUCAGCACAAUUGUUUACGAAAUUUAUAAAAAUAUUUCUACUCGAAACGAAUAUUACAUCGAUCCGUUGGCAAGCUCAUGGAUUACUCUAUGCAUUUUACGAAAACAGCAAUACGCAACAGAAAGAACGUCUUUUAAAUUGUAUGUGGGAGCUGUGGUCACUUUUGCCAGAAUAUGGCCGACGAACAGCCCAAUUCGUAGAUUUGCUUGGCUAUUUAACUCUCAGCACAAAGCACAUCGAUGCCAAGUUACCCGAAUACAUGGGGCUGGCGGUUUCUGUACUGCGACAACAAAAUGAAUUCCUAUCGAAACACCCUAAUGCACCAAUUUAUACGGCUCUGAGUCACGUACUCGAGUUAGACGGUUACUUUUUGGAAUCGGAACCAUGUUUGGUGUGCAACUGUCCAGAAGUCCCAAUGACAAACAUCAAACUCUCUUCCAUCAAAAUCGACUCCAAAUUUACCACCACAACAACCAUCGUCAAACUGGUUCAAUCGCACACAAUUUCAAAGAUCAUUUUGCGCAUUGGAGACUUAAAGCGAACCAAGAUGGUGCGAACCAUUAACAUUUACUACAAUAAUCGAUCUGUGCAAGCUGUGGUCGAACUCAAGAAUCGCCCAUCAAUGUGGCACAAAGCGAAGAAGGUGAAUCUCUCAUCCGGUCAAACAGACGUUAAGAUUGAAUUCCCAUUGCCAAUUACGGCUUGUAAUUUGAUGAUUGAAUAUGCCGAUUUUUAUGAAACGGUCACCAGCUCAAGUGAAAGUUUACAAUGUCCAAGAUGCAGUGCAGCUGUUGCCGCAAAUCCAGGUGUAUGUGGAAAUUGUGGUGAGAACGUUUAUCAGUGCCAUAAAUGUCGUGCAAUCAACUACGAUGAAAAGGAUCCAUUCUUGUGUCAUUCGUGUGGAUUUUGUAAGUACGCAAAAUUCGACUACAGUUUGUAUGGUCGUGCCUGUUGUGCUGUUGAUCCAAUUGAGUCGGCCGAAGAUCGAGCGAAAACAGUACAAACCAUCAACGUUUCUUUAGAAAAGGCCGAUAGAAUUUAUCGCACUCUCCAAGGUGUUAAGCAAAUUCUCGAAUUGCUUGUGCAAAAAGUGGCCGAGCACAAAUUCGAUCGCGUUGUUGAUGAAAAUAUGAUUGGCAAUAUUGUAUCAUCGUCUCAAGUGAACAAAGUAAUUCAACUGUUAGCCCAAAAAUAUUGUGUGGAAUCGAAAACUUCAUUCGAGGAGCUAAGCAAAAUCAUACAAAAAGUUCAAGCUUGUCGUCGUGAAUUGGUUGCAUAUGAUCGCAGCCAGAUCGAUUCACUCGUAACAUCAACCAGUGGUGAUUCGCAAAUCGAAAGCAUCAAGGCAUCAAAACCCACAAACUGCUUUGGCUGUGCACUUGCAUCAACUGAACAAUGUUUGACGUUACUUCGUGCUAUGGCUGUCAACAUGGAAUGCCGCACGGGUUUGUGCAAACAGGGUCUUGUUGAAGAACUCGCACAAAACAACUUACGGCGUGGAACUACACAAAUUCAAGAUGAGGUACGCAACCUGCUCUGCUUAUUGACAAAAGAGCUGCCGGACCCAACACAAAAUCUGUGUGAUUUGAUUCAUAAUCGUGUCAAAUUGGCAUUAAGUGGCAUAAUACCAUUGGCCAAUAUCGAUACGGCAGUUCGGCAUGAAAUGGCAUUGCUUGAAUCGCUCGUCUCGCAAAAUGAUUCAUGUUGGGAACAAAAGUUACGUGUCGUGCUGGAGAUUUUCCUAAUGGCUUGCAGAGAUGCUCGUGGACCACCAGCUGCAAUUCUACAGCCUUCGCUACGAAUUUUGGAGAAUUUGAUUGCACCGAAGACGAUUCCAACGAAGCAACCGUCAGAUGAUGGUUAUGUCGUGAAAGUGCCAAGCGAUGGACUUAUAGUAAAUGCUAAGAAAUGGUUGCAAGGUGACAAAAUGCACUCAUACGAUGCAUGGAAAAACAGAAUGCCACAAACAAGAGAGAAGUAUGAUUCAAUCCAACUGGAACCACAACCAACGGCCGAGCAAAAAUCAUUGCGUUCGUUUAUUUCGAUUUUGGAAGAGAAGCGUCGCAAUGAUCAUUAUAAGUUCUUGAGUGAAAAGUAUGGACGAAUUUGGCGCCGUAAAGCACUAUUAAAAUCUUUUAGGCCACGCGACUUAAAGCUAACUGCUUCGUGGCUUCAACCAAUACUCUUCAAUUCAAAUUCACGCAUGGCUCGUCAACUGGCUUGCGCUUUAAUUCCAUCUCUGAUUAAUAAAACACAUGAACGCAAGAAGGAGAUGCUUGACCUACUUACCAGUUUCUUGAAAUACAUCGGUGAGGCUGGUGAGGCAAGUGAGGAAUUCUUGAUUUUAUACCGAUGCUUAGCUGAAGAUACACCAUGGCGCGAAUACCUUGUUUUAAAAGGCGUUCUCACGCACAUUGCCGAUCUGCUUAAAAUUGAAAUUGAAAAGAUUCAUCGCUUGGAGGAAACAACACUUUCAUCGGAUCUGGCCCAAGGAUAUGCAUUGCGUCAACUGGUUGAAUUGCUUGCAAUGUUUUUGGAUAAGCCAAAAAUCCGUCAAGUUUACAAAGGGAAGUUGCUCGGACCAGUGUUACAAGGAUAUUUAUCGCUUCGUCGAUUAGUUGUGCAGAGAACGCGUUUAGUUGACGAUGCUCAAGAGAAGCUGUUGGAAAUGUUGGAGGAAAUGACGACAGGAACAGAGGAAGAAACCCGCGCAUUCAUGUCUGUUUUGAUUGAUACAGUCAGUGAUACACCAUUAAAUGACAUUAAAACACCAGUCUUUAUAUUUGAACGUCUCUGCUCAAUAAUUCAUCCCGAAGAAAACGAUGUGGGUGAAUUCUUUUUAACUCUGGAAAAAGAUCCACAACAAGAAGAUUUCUUGCAAGGUCGCAUGCUUGGAAACCCAUAUCCAUCAACCGAAGCUGGUCUGGGUCCGUUGAUGCGUGAUGUCAAGAACAAAAUCUGCACUGAUUGUGAGCUAGUGGCACUUUUGGAGGAUGACAACGGAAUGGAAUUACUUGUGCAGAAUAAAAUCAUUAGCUUGGACUUGCCCGUGAAAGAAGUGUACAAGAAGGUCUGGCUAAUAGAAGGUGGUGAACGUGACACUAUGAGGAUUGUUUAUCGAAUGCGUGGUUUGCUUGGGGAUGCAACCGAAGAGUUCAUUGAAACGCUAAACAAUAAAACUACCGAGGAAGUUGACAAUGAAGCCUUGUAUCGAAUGGCAAACGUUUUGGCCGAUUGUGGUGGAUUGAAAGUCAUGCUGGAUCGUAUUGGCAGCCUAACUAAUGUGACACGAUCACGGCAAUUGCUCCAAGUUUUACUGAAAUUAUUUUUGUUAGCAGUAAAAGUUCGACGAUGUCAAGAGGUUUUAUGUCAGCCCGAACUUAACGCUAUCAAUACCCUGCUAAAAGUACUUCAGAUGUGUUUGCAAAGUGAUAGCGAUUCACAGCAAUCGGCUGUCACUGAACAAUUGCUUGAAAUUAUGGAAACAAUUUUAAGCAAAGCAGCAAGCGACACACUCGACUCAUUUUUGCAAUUCUCUCUGACAUUUGGUGGGCCAGAAUAUGUUACAGCACUGAUAUUCUGCACAAAUUGUGCAAAUGUUCGCAAUAAUCCAUCCGUUCUGCGACAUUUGAUAAGAGUUUUAGCUGCACUGGUGUACGGGAACGAUUUGAAAAUGGCAUUGCUUUGUGAGCACUUCAAAAACACUCUUGAUUUUUAUAAAUACGAUACAGAGCAUAUUACCGAAGAUGAAUUCAAAAUGGAACUGUUCUGCGUCCUAACUAACCAAAUUGAGCAUAAUUCAAUUGGCGGCACUUUGAAAGACUACAUAAUGGGACUUGGCAUCGUUGAUAAAGCACUGGAGUAUAUCACGUCGAAUGCACCAUGUGUUAAGCCGACAUUAUUGCGUACCGAUUCAGACGAGUUAAAAGAGUUCAUUUCGAAACCUUCCUUGAAGUAUAUUCUGCGAUUCUUGACUGGUUUGGCAACGAAACAUGAAGCAACCCAAGUGGCAGUGUCUAAAGACAUCAUACCGAUUAUUCAUCGUUUGGAACAAGUUUCCAGUGAUGAACACGUGGGAAGUUUGGCUGAAAACCUCUUAGAAGCAUUGUGUACAGAUGCAGGAACGGCUCAGAGGGUUCAAGAAGUGCGAGAUUUCACCAGAGCCGAAAAAAAACGAUUGGCAAUGGCAACACGUGAAAAACAAUUGGAUGCAUUGGGCAUGCGAACCAAUGAAAAGGGACAGGUGACAGCAAAAGGAUCAAUUUUGCAGAAAAUCGAGAAGCUGCGUGAAGAAACAGGCCUAACUUGUUUCAUUUGCAGGGAAGGCUAUGCAUGUCAACCAUCUAAAGUGCUUGGUAUCUAUACGUUUACAAAGAGAACAAAUGUUGAAGAAUUUGAGCUGAAGGCUCGAAAAACUACAGGCUACACUACCGUAACGCAUUUCAAUGUAGUUCAUGUCGAUUGCCACACAUCCGCUAUUCGCAAUUUGGGACGAGGCAGAGACGAAUGGGAAAUGGCCAGCCUCCAAAACGCCAACACGAAAUGCAACGGUCUUCUACCACUCUUUGGUCCUGAUAUUUCGGAGAUAAAUUUCCAAAAUAGUAUUAGCCGUCAUAAUGCGUACAUGCUAGAAAGUACUCAACGUUGUGAGAUCAGUUUCGCCAACAAUAUGCAUGACUUGAAAAUGCUUCUAAUGCGAUUUGCGUUCGAAAAGAGUUUCCAUGAGGAUUGUGGAGGCGGCGGACCACAGUCGAACGGCGCCUUCCUGCCAUAUCUACUCCAGUAUAGUAUUUACACCUUGCUUUCAUCAAGAUCAACGCAUGAAAAGGCAUUGUCGACAUAUCUCGAACAGCCAGUUUCAGAUCGUUGGCUUGCUAGUGCAUAUGAAGUCGAAGGUCCGUUAUUCCAAGUAACGUGUUCCAUGGCUUUGCAUAGUCCAACGCUUUGGAAUCGUCAUCGCAUUCAGCAUCUCAAACGUUUAUUGGUUAUAGCUCAAGCCAGACACUGUAGCCGAAAUGUUGCUUGUAAAACACUCAGUGGAUCUGAUCGACAAGCGAAAGAGUAUUUGGUCUAUAAACCGUAUUUGAUGACGUGGUCGAUGGUUGAUUUAGUGUACUGCACUAUGUUCAAAACUGUCAACACUCCAAAGCCUGAAGAUUGGCCCAUUUCACUAUUCGACUUCAUUCGUCGCAAUGAUGAGGCUUUGAUGAAGUCAACUGAAUCAGUUCUUGAGGCAUUCACUGUUGAACAUUUACCAUGCACUUCGUUUGGUGAAUUUUGUGACGUUGCUGGUCUGCUCAACGAUAUCGAGAAUCCGGAUGAGUUUUUGAACGAAUUGAUCCAAUCUCUACCCUAAUGAGAACCAUGGACUAUGAUAAACGAUAAUAAUCUUACUAAAAUAUUCACAUUUAUCGCACGAAUUUCGCUUUUAAUAAUAAAGAUUUAAUAUCUCAUAUUUUACCACUGUAUUUCAUCCAAUAAAUUCGUGUAGUAAAACUAA